UUGAGAUUGGUCUGGCCCGUCUCCAAAAAAAAAAAAAAACAAAAACAAGAGGAUAGAUCCUGACUCCUGCGCAUUCCUGGUGAGCAGCCGCCAGCCGCAAUGGCAAAUCAAGCAGGCCCGGCACCGCCGGCGUUCGUGUACCGGAUCAGCACGGCCGACGAGUGGGCGGAGCUUCAGCGCGCGGGGGCCACCCUCGGCGGCGACCUCGACCGCUCCACCGGCUGCAUCCAUCUUAGCGACCUAAACCAGGUGAAGAUGACUUUAAAGAACUUUUUUCUUGGAAGGAAUGAUCUAUACCUACUACAAAUUGACACUUCCAAGCUUGCAGAUGGGUUAAUUUAUGAGGCAAGUGAUGAUAAUAACUACUUUCCUCAUUUCUAUGGUCCUGGUCGGAGCUUUGUGCCCCUUAAACUAGAUGCUGUCAUCAAGGCGGACAAAAUAGAGCUUGAAAAUAAUGAUUUUACGUGCAGCCUACUUGAUAGAAUUAAUCUCCCAAGCUGAUUCUACAGUCUCAGCCUUGUCUUAGCAAUUUUCAUGUGAAUUCUCUGCCAAAGCUUAGCAAUUUUUAAGCAGCUUACAUCCAGAAGGCAUAUAUAAGAUAUGGCAAAUUGUAUCAUACAGAAUUGGUUAAGAUGCCAAGCAUCUAAUUAUUAUCACAUCCAAAAUUCAUAAUUGCCUUUGCCAAGCUCUGGGUGAACAAAGUUCA